AAGCUUAUAAAAGGGGCUAAAGAGAUGCUGCAUAAAAAUGUCCUUAUUAAGGCCUGCGUGCAAGAGCUUAAAGAGCAAUUAGCAGUAAUAACUAAGAGAAAAUCGCGUAAGAGAAAGCAGAUUCAGCAUAGUGGCACACUUGAGUAUGGCCCAGGAGCAUCGUGGGUAGCUGCUGAGGCGUGUGCUGACCAGCAGAUUGCUCAUGAAGAGCGUCAAGGAGGAGCGCGAUCAGGCCUCAGCCAGCGCGCUCAAAGGCGCUGCACUAGGUGUAAAGAGACUGGGCACAACUCGCGCACAUGCAACGCUGAUACUAUUGAUAUAGAGUAG